AUGAGGAGGUUAAGUACCAGCCUGGUCGGUGGUUCUAGUGCAAGAACUCAUUCAUGCUUUGUAUAUUCCGGCCACUCCUCUGUAGUUCACCAGAGGAACAAUGUGGACUGGAUACCACCAGAGCCCGACUGUGUAAAGGUUAACACAGAUGAUGCGGUUGAUGUGAAUGGGGGAAUUUCAGCCAUUGGACUUGUGGCAAGAGAUCAGGACGGACUCGUGCUCGCCAGAAGUCGUAAGGGGCUGUGCAUCAGCUACGUGAGAAGAGAGGCCAACAAGGCUGCUCAUUGGUGUGCUCAGGAGGGCCUCAAGAGUGCCUCGGAUGUUAUUCUUUUUGAUGUAUUCCCUGAUUCUCUGAUAGUGCAAUCUGAUGAGGAGGGGGAGGGAGGUUACAUACUGGAGAGGAGUUGGUUGUGGUCGAAUUCGAAAAGCGGGACGGGGUCGAUGCAGGGGGUAAACGAGGCGGGUGAUAGGCGCCGGCGGACCGGCCCAAAUUUGGGCCGGUCCGCUCGCAGCCAUACGAUUUGGAUGAUGCUAACCGUAAGAUACACAACGGGCCGGUACAGAAAAGAUUCCCCUGAAUCUCGUCGCUUCUUUCAUCUCGCCGGCCGCACAAGCUCUCUGUUUGCUGCCAUACCACAAGCCCACGCGGCCCGCGCCGCCAAGCGGGCCGUCGCCGUCGUGUCCCCAUCCUUUCCAGCUCGAGCGCCGCCGCUGCCGCAACACUGUUCCGGUUGCACGCCGGAAUCGAAUCCGCUCGUCUCUUCUCGUCCGACUCCUCCCCGCCAGUCUCCGAGUUGCCGCCUGAAGCGGCGGGUCGGGUCGGAUUCAGAGAGGGACCUGCCACUCUCCACCUCGCCCUCCGGCGACGGCGGCGGCGACCUCGCUUGGCCGAACCACACCGACACGCCGGUACAUGGCGCACGAACUCUACUUAUUUGGACUGCAGAAAUGGUUUCUUGUGUUCAUGCACCGGACACAAGUUUUCCCACGCUCAAUCUUGUGAAGAACAACAACAACAACAACAACAACGAAAACCACACCACCGGUGGAAUAGGGAAGGUAUGCCGUAUGCUUACAGAUUUCCUUCGGAGUUGUUUGCCAACAAACAUAUCAACUGGAGAUGGUAUCAGCUUGAAGUUGAGGGCAUCCUUUGAUAUUAUACUCCACCUGACCAGAGGAUGACAAACCUUUCAAGCAGGAUAGUGCCCCACAAUCUUUGAUGGUUAAGUUGGUCAAUGCCUUGCAUGAGUGGAGCCUUAUGGUUAUUAAAGCUGAACACGUCAUUAUUUCAACUUCACUUAGCUCAAGCUCGUCUUCCUCAGAACAAUUGAAGUCAAUCUUAACAUCCUUCAGGGAGGACAUACCAAUCAAGGAUAGUUUCUUCAGAUAUGGCAGCUCCUCAAAUGGUGGCAGGGUCUUCAUUGCCGUACAGUUUUGGAGUUGGAGGCUUUCCAAAUUGCCGAGUGAGAAAUUUCCUCCCAACCAUGUUGGAGUAGCACCGGCAUAGUUUAUGACAAGAAGAUGUGCAAGGUCACCAUGUGGUUGAAGACCCUCGAUCACUUCUUUCUGAACAUCACUAUUUUCUCCCCAUGAGAGUGACAGUGUCCUCAGAUAUUCCUUAUCUUUAAUCAUUGCACUACUGGCCUCUGCCUUAUCUUUGACAUUCUCAAGACCAAGGAUACUAAGCGACCCUUUGAUGUCCUCUAAGUGUUCCAGCUGCGAAAUAUUAAAGUCACUCCCUUUUUGAGCC